ACUUAUAGAAUUGUAUAAAUAGCUGACCAGUUCUAGCUAAAGAUAAUCAGUUGUUUUCUGAAACCCUCAGAGAUCGUAUCAAAUUCUCAGAAAAUAUGAAGAGCUUCCUUUUUAUUUUAUUCGCUAUUUUGGCUGUUUUCGCUUUUGCUCAAGCCGAUGAAUGCAAAAUUGAUGGUCAUGUUGUGAAAGUAGGAGAAACUUACUCUUUGCCCGGCAAAUGUUCUGAAAUUCAAUGUAAUGGACCCGAAUCUUUCAGUGCCAAAACUUGCCCCCCGGAACAAAGCUUGAAAAACUGCAAAUUAACACCUCAAGACAAUUCCAAACCUUUUCCCGAAUGUUGUCCCCGUUAUGAAUGUUAAACAUUAAAUCUAUAUUAAAAUGUUCGCCAAUAUAAACAAUGUAAAAUAAAGAACAGUUAUAUAAUUUAAACAUUU